GAACUUGGCAUGCACCCUUUAAAAGAUACAAAUCCGAUUUACAAAUUUCCAUCCAACUCACUUCGCCCAGUCUUCUUCUUCUUCUUCUUCUUCCUCUUCAGCCUAUAAUUUAAUCCACUCUCCUGCACCAUCCAUCCAAUCCAGCACAAAAACAAACAAUGACUGAACCAGCUCGGCAGAAGCAGUUGGUGAUCGAUAGGACCCUAUCCCCACUCGACAAGCUAGUCUCACAAACCAGAACACUCACCAGCAAACAGUCCCCCUCCUCACUCUUCAUCAACACAGCACCACCACCACCACCAACAACCAGCCAACACACACCCAACUCAUUCUCACUCACCCCACUCUCAACCCACCCCAACCAUCUAGCACAGCAACAGCAACAGCAACUAGCACCACUCCACAACCCAUUCAACCAUCGAAACAGUGAUGCUAGCUUCCAGUCGGAUAACAGUCGAUACUCAUUCGAUCAUCAUCAUCACCAAUCAGUCGAACUGCCCUCUGACUAUCAUGACCCACACCAUCUAGCCUCACCCUUCGAUAUCGACUCAGCACUAGCCCAACUCUCAAACUCACUCAGAGACCUCGACCAAUCCGCAAUCCCAGAUCAUCCCCCAACCCCUCUCCGCCGUCCAUCCACCGGAAGGGUCAACAGCUCAACCGCAACCACCCAGACCCCAAGAGAACACAUCCCAAGUUUCUAUGGCGACCAAGAACUCAUCCUGCCCUCAGACCACUCAUCACACUCACCCCCUCCAGAUCUACCCCACACCCAAGCCAACCACCACCACCACCACCACACCGACAACUCUCAAGAGGUACUCGGAACUGCUCAGCCCAAUCAAACGCUCAAGGACCGCCAGACCUGGCUCAGCUCACUCUCUGCCGAUUCCGAGAGCGAGUACGAUGCUCAUGAAUCUGCUCGCUAUCCCAGCGGUCACAGCACUAGCAGCGAGGAUCCAUUCCAAUACUGGCAAUACGAAGCAUCCCGACAAUCGAGAGACCUCUUGGGCAGCAGCAGUAAACCAAAGCCACCCCUGCCCAACACAGCUUAUCUCAAUCAGCCUAUCCCAGCCUCUUCUCUCAAGCCUCCAGGCCAAUCCAGCUCCCCCCGCAAUAAUCCUAACCCAUCCGAAGAGCUCAACCCCACCCCGGAUCGGGCCACCAAGAAACUAUCCACCAACUUCAGUCGCCCCUUAAGACCUCCUUCAGUCCCCGCUCCUUCCCCACUACCCACUCCACCUGUCUCCAGAGAAGUCUCACCCAGAGAUCAUCACCCAUCGGCCGAGGCCCACCAAGAUCCUGAAUACUACUCUAACGCGGAAGCUCUGGCAGAUACGAGAGAUAUUCUAACCAAGACGGCUCUGAUCAAUGCAUCAGCCGCAGAGGCGGGAGUAUCAAGCUCGAAGACUGGGAGCAUUCGUAGACUGGGACAUGCCGCUCGUGCAUCCAUCCAGAGUCGCUCGUCGAUCGAUACCAACAGCUCGAGUGGAUCACGACGGUCGUGGAAGAAGCUCUUCCACAUCGGAUCGAGCGCUAAGGAGGGUGACCCGACGGACACCGACAAGACACCCCAGCUAACAACCGAGCCCGCCCAUCGCCAACACAGCCCCCUCCCGUCGCCUUCCUCGGAGCACCACGACCCCAACCUACCUGCAAUCACCUUCACCCAAUCUCAGUAUGAACGAGACAUCUAUGGACAUCAUCACCUUCCUCCCAAUCAGUCAGACCGGAAGCCUACUCAUCAUCAAAAGACUCGAGAUCUCCAACAGUACUCGACCGAUCAUCCUCAGGUAGAUUUCCAGACGAUGGGUCAAACGUCUUACCACCAACCCCAGGAAGUGCUCCGAGAUUCGAAUCCACGGUCGGCCCAUCGACUGUCGAUCUAUUCACUACCGUCUUGUGACGAUCCGACGAUGGAAGACCUAGAACAGAAAGAACGCUACGCCUCACGCUCGCCCUUAUUAUUCGAUACCCCGGGCUCAUCCCAGCUGCCCUCGCCGGGUGUAGUAGAAGAGCGACAACAACAACAACAACAACGACAACGACAACAAAAACAACAACAACAACAGACCAUGCUCCAGCCCGCGGCUCGACAGGCCACCUUUGAAGAGAGCCAGCCAACCCGGAGCGCAGCUGGAAUGCCCUUGCACAGUGCGAUUGCGAAGGCCAAGGCGAGCUUAGCCAAGAACGGGGCCUCCUCGGGGGGCUCCAAAGGACAGACGGCGCAAGAUUACCUUCAGGCGGGGAUUGUGGCGCAUGAACAAGGAGACCUCGAACGAUCGGCGGGGCUAUUUGAACGGGCGGCACGAGAGGGAGGGGGGUGUGGGGCGGGAAUGUUGAUGUGGGGACUGUCCUUACGACAUGGUUGGGGCUGUCAAGUCCACGAAGCGCGGGCGUUCAAGUGGCUCCAAAAGGCCGCCGAGUCGGUCAUCGAAGAUCUCGAUCAAUCCGCUCUCAAUCCGACGACUACUACUACUUCUUCUUCUUCUCAUAAACAUCUUAGUGCGAAAUCUUCCGCUUCCGCUUCCGUCGAUCAGUCCAAAGACGCGGUCGCUAAGUCAGAGUUGGUCCUCGCUAUCUACGAGCUCGGGCAAUGCUUCCUGCGCGGCUGGGGCUGUAAGAAAGAUAAACAACUCGCGAUUAAUUAUUUCCAAUUAGCUGCCAAACUAGGUGAUCCAGAUGCCCAACAAGAAUUAGGAUUCUGUUAUGCCAAUGGAAAAGGAACCAAAAAAGACCUCAAACUGGCGGCGAAAUAUUACCGGAUGGCGGCCAAUCAAGGGGUUGAAAUGAUGGGCAGUCAAUGGAUCUGGAAAGAGAAAUAUAAUUGAAUGAGGAUGGUUCCUGGCUCCUAGGUUUGGGGUUCUUUGUUGAGCAAACCAGGAUCUCUCCACCUGAUCCUCAAUUCAUCAGAUCAGUCCUCUUUGCUUCACUCCAGUUGUCUCUUUCUUUUUCCAUCCGCUUCAUCCCCCAC